CAAUUCAUCAGCUGAUUGAUGAGCAGCAGCUCAGCCGUCUGCUCAGGAGCGCAGAAGUCUGGGACGGUAACCUUCUCGGGUCUGUAGAGCUCUGCAUCUUGCUGGUGGAUGGGAGCCCUGAGCGAGCCAGUCUGCAGCUGGCUGAGUAGAAAGGAAAGGAUGCCACAGACACCUCCCUUUGCAGCUGUGUUUGACAGCAGUGGCUACAACAGGAACCUGUAUCAGUCAAAAGAGGACGACUGUGGAGGGCUCUAUUACCAUGAGAACAACCUCCUAUCUGGGUCUCUGGAAGCUCUGAUCCAGCACUUGGUACCCAAUGUAGAUUACUAUCCUGAUAGGACAUAUAUCUUCACCUUCCUUCUCAGUUCACGCCUGUUCAUGCAUCCGUAUGAGCUCAUGGCCAAAGUCUGUCAUCUGUGCAUUGAGCAGCAGAGACUAAGUGAGCCUGGCCUGGACAAGAACCGGAUACGAAAAAUUGCGCCCAAAAUCCUACAGUUGUUGACUGAAUGGACAGAGACAUUUCCUUAUGAUUUCCGAGAUGAAAGAAUGAUGAGGAACUUAAAGGAGUUGGCACAAAGAAUAGCCAGUGGUGAUGAGAUGUAUUGGAAGAACAUACAGCAGCUCCUCCAGAACCUGAUUCGGAAGCUCGCCACUGUUAGCCAGUAUGAGGAAGUACUUGCAAAAAUCAAUGCCACGUCCACAGACUGCCUCACGGUUCUAAAGACCAAGCCCCAGUCCAUCCAGAGGGACAUAAUCACAGUCUGCAAUGAUCCCUAUGUGUUAGCUCAGCAGCUGACACACAUAGAGCUUGAGAGGCUCAAUUAUAUUGGACCAGAAGAAUUUGUCCAGGCGUUUGUGCAAAAGGAUCCUUUCGAUAAUGACAAGAGCUGCUACAGAGAUCAAAAGAAGACCCGGAAUCUGGAAGCCUAUGUGGAAUGGUUUAACAGGCUCAGUUACUUGGUUGCAACAGAAAUCUGUAUGCCUGUGAAGAAGAAGCACAGAGCAAGAGUGAUAGAAUAUUUCAUUGAUGUGGCACGGGAAUGUUUUAACAUUGGCAACUUUAACUCCUUAAUGGCUAUUAUUUCUGGCAUGAACAUGAGUCCUGUGUCUCGGUUAAAGAAAACUUGGGCAAAAGUGAAGACAGCCAAAUUUUAUAUUCUUGAGCAUCAGAUGGACCCUUCUAGCAAUUUUUAUAAUUACCGAACUGCUCUGCGUGGAGCCGCUCAAAGGUCCUUGACAGCUCAUAGCAACAGAGAGAAGAUUGUAAUACCUUUCUUCAGCCUCUUGAUCAAAGACAUUUACUUCCUCAAUGAGGGUUGUGCCAAUCGUCUUCCAAAUGGUCAUGUCAAUUUUGAAAAAUUUUGGGAAUUGGCAAAACAAGUCAGUGAAUUUAUGAUGUGGAAGCAAGUGGAGUGUCCUUUUGAAAGGGAUCGGAAGAUUCUGCAGUACUUGCUCACUGUCCCAGUCUUCAGUGAUGAUGCACUUUACUUGGCUUCCUAUGAAAGCGAAGGUCCCGAGAAUCACAUUGAAAAGGACAGAUGGAAGACGCUAAGGUCAGCGCUUCUGGGCAGAGUCUAGUGCACAAGAUGGCUGCUGUUUCUGCUGUUGCUACUUUAUGUGGAUUACCAAGGGGCAUGGCUUGGUUUAUUUUUCUUAAAACCGAGUGGUAUUCAAAGUGAUGGAAAACAUGCAGUCAGUUGUGAUAUUGUGUCAGCAAAGAUGAAAGAAGUUAACUCAAGAACAAACAGGCAGCUUCUCACAUCUGACAGAUGAGAUAAAAAACACAGCCCAUUCGGCUGUUAUUCAGGCUUAAGUAUUGAUUGAGGACAGUGCUGACAUAAUCCUUUGAAGAGCUCAGAUGCUGCCUAUGAAUCAUUUCACACCUGGAUGGAAAAUUUUUCCCCUUCCUUUUGCUACAGCUUGCUGCUACAAGGACUUUGCAGGGUUGCUAGUAGGUUAUGGAGGGGAAAAAAAAAAAUCACCAUUCCUUUCAGUGAAACCCAAGUCUGCAUUGGAGAACUUCUAUUCCUAAGAAGCUGAAUAUAGCCAGGAACUUUGUCUUAUUGGGAUUACUAAGAAGGGAAAGGACUGGACACAACAAAUUGGCUGCUGGGGAGAGUUUCUCCCCACCACUGUAACGGUGGCUGUGGUUUUUUUCUUUUUCCAUUAUGUUUUUGAGUUGGCUGCUGGUAGGCAAACUCACUAUUAUUGUAAGUUAUUUAAAAAAUAUAAAAUAAUAAAAAUCAAGGCUGUGGUAGCAAACACACCUGCUACAAAAAUACAGUAGCUAUGUAGCUUGGACUAUUUUACAACUUCUAGGGAGGUUUUUUCUUUCAGUUGUUUGGAACUAACCACUACAUGCUACAGACACUGUUAUUUUUACUAUAGAGUUUUGUUACUCUAAUUUUCCAUACUUGACCACCUUCUUAUACUAGGUUGAUCAAGCUGACUUUUCUAGAAUAGUCUUUGAGAAACUGUUGUACAAACUGUGUUGAAAUACAAAAAUAUGUUUUUAUUAAGUCAUUUUUAUAAUUGCUUUUUUUUUAAAGGGUAACAAUGGAGAACACAAUCCACUUUGAAAUAGCAAGAUGCCCAAAAGAAAAAAAAGAUGAGGCUGCUUUUCAAGCACAGCUGUGAACAAAACAGUCUCCCUGUGUGUUUGCUUUAUGGAUUAUGUUUAAUGACUGUGAAGUAGUUCACUGUGUUACACACCUAAUAAGUUUGUAGUAGCUCUGAAUACUUGGUCACUCUAUUUAUCCUAGGAAGAAUCUGAUGGGGGAAAAAAAGAAACUGUAGCUGUAGAAUACCCUGGACGCAAAAUCACUAAGCAAAACCACAUACCUGGCAAAAAAGGUAUUUGCAAUUAUCCUGCCACUGUUAUUUAAAAAAGAAAAGAAGUAAGAACGAAUGUAUCUGUUUGUUGCACUGCAUCUUUUCAGUUUUCAGGUAAGCUGGUUUUUAUGUUCUGUCCAUGCCUUUUCAGAGAAGUAUUUAAUUUUUUAAUUCUGUAAGAACAUGCUGAAGUAACCUUCAUCAACGGGGAUACUGUCCUUAACUACAGCCUGUUUGUUGGUACAAGGUGCUAGAAGUCACCAAGUUACAUAUUCCAUGAGCACCAGCACCAGGGCCUUGAGCCCUGACAGUGGAGGAGGAUUCCUCUCCUCUCCCAUUCACUGAGUUAGGGUGGAGGAGAACGAAGAGGCUAACUUUGAAAGGAGGAGACUGCUUCUGCAGUUCAUAAACUUACCUCUCAGCUUUCAUCAGGUGAGGUCUUUCCCAUCUUCCCUUCUACAUCCUUCCACCAUUGUUGAGGCUUAUAGGCAGGACUCCGUUUAUGCAAAAAGCUGGGGAAAAUUGUGCAUUCCUCUUCCACAUCUUCUGGAAGUAGGAUGAUAUGAUAAUAAGGUACAUAAAUGAGCUUCCAUGGUGCAAUGUUUGCUAUUCUUGUUAACCUGCUUUUUACAUUUUUAGUUCUAGGGAAAGCCAGAGGGUUGAACAAAGGGUUAGCUUACCUGUAAAAAUAACUUCUCUCCUUCCCUCCUCCACUGUUUGACUACUAGCCUGGUUUAGAAAUGGAUUUGUUAUUUAUGCAGUUGGAAUGAAGCCUUUGUAAAUAAAAGGAAAAAUAGCAUUAUGCAGCCUCGGUCCAGAGUGCGGGCUCCAUGUGUUGUCUUGUGGGCCAGCUUCUCGCCAAGAAAAGGCAGCACAUACCAGAGUGAUUGCUACGGAGGAGGUGGCUGCUGCCUUGGCACACUAGCUGGGCAGCAGGUGCAGGAGCCUGUGACUGGUGCUUGAAAGGGGAAUGCAAACUCCCUAGCCCUGGGCAAGCCAGAGGCUGCUCCUGUAGGCAUUAAUGAACUCAAUGUUUGAUGUUAGAGCGAUACAAGUCUUAUUGUGUACUGUACCCUCUGCUCCAUCACUCGGUGCAGCCACUGUGCUGAGCUUUAAUUUUGAACACCCUGAGCUACUGUCAGACUGUUAAACUGUUGGCUUGGAAACAGCCGUUCAGGCCUAUCUGUAGCAAAUGAGAGAGAAAAUGACCAACUCUUCUAUGGCUAACCAGCUCCUGAAGGAAACAUCACAAACUCCCUGAAAUGAGGAGUUACAAGAACUCAUUAACUCUACAAGUUGAGUGUUCAGCCAGGACUGAAAAUCCCAGCAGUGCUGACAGAUGCUCAGUGCUUAAUGGGGACAGAAGCAACAUCAAAGUCUCCUGUAUAAAUGGCUCAAACAUUACUUAUUUCUUUGUGGUGCACUUUCUUCUUGUGGUGCAGAGACAAAAACUGGGUCUUACAGACCCAUAUGAACCAACUUGUUCAAAAGAGUCUAGAUGUCUGGCUAGGCCCACAAGAACACCUGUCCUUAUUAUCCAGAUAUUUCCCUUUUCUCCUACUUGGGUACAGCUUCAUGGCCUCAUCUUGAAAAGAACAGUCAGUUGCAUGCAAUAAUGCGCAAAAGCCUAUUUACAACUGUCAUCUCUAAAAGAGCAAGCAAGAACCUAUGCCUCCAUGUGUUUUUUGGGGGGUUGGAUUUUUUUUUUUCUUCAGCCUUCCUAGACAGCCUGCUCUUGACAGAGCUGAAACUGGUACUUGAUUGAGCACUAAAAAGAACUUUUUUGGAUAACAGGCAAAAUGUCAUUCAUUUUCCAAGACUUCUGUUCUUCUGGGGAAUUCUCCCUGUCACUGGCUGGCUUUCCUUGUACUAGUUGUGUGCAGCAGGACGCCUUGUGGGCUUCUUGCACUAUGUCUGCUGGAAAAGAACAAUCCUUUGGUAGUGCACCAGUGUCUGCUUUUUCUCUCAGCUCCUCUCUGUCUCCUCUUGGUCAUGCUGAGCAGAUUUUCCCCACAUAAAGGGAGAGGCUAAUCCCUAGAGAUGCAUUCCCUGCUGCAUCAGACCCAGAUAGCCUGCUUCUACCAAGCAACUGUAUCCUAACCUGUGCUUUAUGGUCAAGAGGUCCUGUGUCAUCAGCUGGUUUUUAGCUUGAGGACACAGUUGGUAAGGAUUUUCAAGGGAACUAGUGUAUUUACAAGGUUACUUUUGUUUGGCAUCUGCCAAGAUGACACUUCACAAUGAAAACUGAUAAAGUUCAGGGAGUUUAGAAGCAAGAGUUUAGUGCCAGAAAGUGUAUUGUUUGAUACCAGCAAACACUGCCAUUAUUCCACUGUGCUGCAUUAAGCUCUUCUGGAAUAUGUUUUUUUCUUUCUCCUUUAUUAGAAACUUUUAGCUAUAGUAUGAUCCAAAAGGAUGUCUCAUUAUAAGCCAAGUAAAUACACUGUCCUUCUUUCAUGGAGAUUACUUUUCAGGAAGAAAAAUGUAAAAGAUAAUGUGAAUAAAGCAGCUGGUUUUCAUCAGUUAUUUAUGUAGCCAAAGCAAUCUGAGUGCCAAUGACACUGUGGGGCAGGAUUUUCUGCUUCCUGUUAGUGCUUUUCUCCCCUGCCCUGUGAAGUCCAGAGGUUGGAAGGGGAGGUGGUUCUUAGGUGGACUUCUAGCUGCAGUGGAAAGCAACAUCUGGAGCCAGUCCAUUCCAGAGAGCAGCAAAGAAAACGAAGCAUCUGUCUUGGUAUUAUAGCAGGAUCCUCUGUAAGCCCUGAAGUUUGAUCUAGUGGUCAAAAGAUGAAAUAGCCUUUUCUUUAUUGUCUGAUAACUCAAUAGCAUUUACAUUUGGGAUGCCUCACUGCUUUUUAAAUGUGUUUUUUUUCUUGGAAGAUGAAAGUUCAAGGCUGGUGAUUCAGAAUGGAGUGAAUGAUGUGAGCAAAGAAGUUCAAAGAUCAUUUUGUUGUCAAUCAAACAGACCAACUCCAUUUGUAUGAAUGAUCCAUCUAUUGAUAAUGUUGCCUCUAAUGACAGAGGUAUGUUUUGAAGCUACUGUGGGAGGUAUUAAAGCAACCACCUUGAUAAUUUGUUUUCUAUUUAACCAUAAAGGUAUAACACAUUUGGACAGCCAACACUCCUGGGCAGAGACUUUUUUAUUUCUCUUGGUAUGUGCAACUGCGAUAGAGUGUUUACUAUUUCUCUAUUAAUAGACAAAAACACACUAACAUUUUCUUUGCUGUGUCUUUCAGAACUGGGCCAUAUUCCACAUUUCUAAUCUUGCCAACCUACUCAAAAUUGAAAGUACGAAAACAAGACAGAAUACAUGUGAAAAACUAUGCUGCUUGCUUAUUUUAACAUAUACAGGAGGACUUUUUUUACUAGAGGUUGGUAGAAAGUCAGAAAUAAUUAGGGCUGGGAGCAAGCCAGUCAUUUCAGAAAGAGUUACACUUUCCUUAGACCUCCUCUUCCCCGGACAGUUCAAACAGUUGCAGUUCUGCUUUUCCAUAAAAGAAGCUAGAGGAGGAUCUAUGGAGUAAUAGAAAAGAGGAUCUGGUAGGAAAUGAAUUGGCAUCCCUUUCCUGAGACACAUCACUUAAUUGUAGCCAGCGGUAUUGAAUAGAAAGAAGUGCAAGCAAGCAAAGUUUAGGUUACAAUAGUUUGCUUGACAUGCAUAUGUUGAACUUCAGGUUUGGUGGCAAAGCAGCUCCACUCAGAAAUACCGUAGUGACUCUCUUAUAAAGGUAGUCAGAGAUAUGCUGUAUCUGCUAAACCAGGCAAUAGUGAUCUUUUGCUUAAAAGGAAAUAACGUGAAAUUCCAACAGGAGUAACCUGGUAAUAUGACAGCAGAAGUUGAUAUAAAAUCAGAGCAGUUAGUAAGGAAUAUACUUACCAGUGUGGUUAGGUGAUAGUUUAGAAAAAUAGCAUGUGAAACAUGAGAAGAAAAAAGUAAAGGAUAUGUUUAUCGGGGUGCAUACAACAUGAUGUUUCUUGCUAUUGCUGCUGCCAGGGUAACAAUCUACUCCAAUGCUAACAAUGGAGAAUGUUACCAUUUCCCCUUAAUUUCUGUUCACACAAAUGUAUUAGUUUUUUGGUACUCGUUUCUGUACAGCAGUUCAGAAUCAGGCCUGGAGGAAAUAGCAGGCAGUGUUCCUUGAUCCCUGUGUAAGCCCAGCCAAUUUGAUUGAUAAUCAACAGAACCAGUAUUCAGAGGCUGUUGGCCCCCCACUAAAAUAUGCUUACAGCAUUACGUAUUCUCAAGCAACAUCGCAGAGAACAGAUCUCAUUUGAAGACACAACUGGAAUUCUAAGGGCUGAGCAUUAAGGAGAUCUGAUCUGCGUAUCUCUGUUUCAACAGGUUUAUGGUAAAAACUUGAAACUGCAAUACGUGUUGAGCUGUUUUCACAAAAGACUGUAAUGAAAAUAUACUCUGGAGCAGUAUUCACAGGGUAUGUCAUUAUUAGAUUAGGUUUCAAGGAAAAAUAAAGGUAUGAGAACAGUGCA